GUUGAUAUUUAGAGAUAAACAGCGACCUAACCAAUCAAGUCCAUCCACCCCAAUGAGCCGAAGUCCUCCCAUCAACCACCUGUCUCGCCUCAACGCCCACAGUUCUCCCGAACUUCAUCCGUCAACACACCCACCCGUCGCCGACGUUCACCCAAACGCCCACAUGUCGUCCUAUCCCCCUCCUCCUGCAUCAUACUCGGCCUCCUCCCUCUCUCACCCCGACCAAAGCGCCGACAACAACAAACACGACCUCCUCAACCAGCUCCACACCGCGUCAGCGCAGAGCUACAGCUACGAUGCUAACACGCGGCCUCUUCAGUUCCCUGGCAUCAACUCCAUCCCCAAUGCCAGCACGCAGCAACAGCAUGUAGGCAAUGGCCAGCACGGCGGAACUCCCACUGCCGCCCAGAUAGAGGCGCAGAAGGGGAAUCGUUUGCGCAAAGCCUGCGACUCUUGCAGUAUCCGCAAGGUGAAAUGCGAUGAAGCAGGCCCGCCCUGUCGCGCCUGCGCCGCCCUCGAGAUCCCAUGCACAUUCGAGCGCCCCUCGCGGCGCCGCGGUCCCCCAAACCGACACGCUGAGAGCAUCAAGCGGCGGCGAUUGGAAGAGGGCUCGCCCUCGCGCCAGUUCUCGACGCCAUCCCCCUCGAGCCCCUCGAAUGUCGCCGCGACACUCGCGUCCUUCUCCUCGCACGCUGUUCUAAGCGCCGAGUCCAUAUGUCCCUUCUCGAUCCUCGAGCUGCUCGUCGACGACUUCUUCACAUACAUCCACCCCCUUGCGCCGUUCCCGCACGAGCCCAGCUUUCGCGCAGCCUUCAAGCAGCGCGAGGACCUGUCGAACCCGUCAUUUCUCGCACUUUUGGCGAGCAUGAUCGGCGCGCUCGUCGCGUCAUUCCCGCGCAAGCCGAUAAUGCAUCUCAAAGCCCAGCACCAGGAGAAGCUGUUCCCCAACUCGAUUUCACUGGUCGAACGGUGCCAUAAGGUCGCGGUGGAGGCGAGAGGGGCGGGAUACCUGGAUCGCGACUUGACGGUGUAUGACGCCGUAACGAGCUACUUUUUGGGGCUCGCAGGCGCGUAUACGAUUAACUGGCAUCAGUGCAGGUUAUACUUUGGGGAGACGUUCACGAUUAGUCGUGCGGUGGGGGUGCAGCGCGCGAAUGAGAAUGCGAAGAGGGGGGAUAAUAAGAUAGACUUUAUCAAGCAGGAGAUAGGGAGGAGGAUGUUCUGGGUCAUGGUCGUAGGCGUUCGCUCCAUGCAACAACUCGGCGCCAGCUUCGCCGAACUCACCAUCCCUCCCCCAACUCCCUCAAAUCCCUACCCCCCUCUCCCCCUCCCCAUCGACGACGAAUACAUCUUCGCCACCCACAUCGUCGCCCAGCCCCCCGGCUCCAUCUCCAAACUCGCCGGCUUCAACCUCGGCAUCCAGAUCUACAUGACCUGCACCCCCCUCGCCACCAUGGAACUCGCCUACGGCAUCGACGAGCUCUUCGACUGGCCGCGCCAGAAGCGCGUCCUCGAAGAAUGCGUCGAGAACGUCAAGCGGACGCUUGAAAAUAUCCCCUCCGAGCUCCGCCUCGAAGCCGGCAACGAGCCCGGUCGCUUCGGUCACGAGCCACCCCACGGCAAUAACUCCACCGGCGACUCACACCACAGCACGAUACACUCCCCUCCCCUCCGCGAAAACACGUCAAAACCCCUCUACUACCCCCACGCCCAGCCCCAAGGCUUCGGACAGAUAUACCCCCCUCCCCCUCCGCCGCAGCGCCACACAGCCAACGAGCCACCCGUAGACGAGAAACGCCAACUCCAGUACGAGAUCCAAAAGACCAAUAUCUACACCUCGCAACUAGGGACGCGCAGCUACCUCGUCGAGAAAUACUUCAACCUCCUCGACGCGCAUGAAGCCAGCCUCGCGGCCGCCGCGUCAGGCCAACAACCACCAUUACAACAACGCGAAAGCACCUCCCACGACAACGGACGCAUGAUCAGCCCCACAGGCACAUUCCUCCAACCCGUCCCUGCCCCGAUGGAUAUAGCAGCCGAAUCAACCUCCGACGCCAUCGCGACACGCAUGGCCGCCGAGCGAGAGACGAUCGUCCAAGACCUACUCCGCGUGCUCGGUAGUAUAAGCCAAGUGAACAUGGAGCCCAACGGUGGGUCAUUCCUCAAUAAAAUCCGUCAGAUCGCGGCGACGCUGCUUGAUACACCGAGGAAUCAUAAGGGACCGCUUGCGAGGCGGGCGGAGGAGUAUUUGGGAAAGUUUCUGGAUGUGUUGAUGAGGUUUGAAGGGGGGGGGAGGGGGGAGGAGGACGAGGGCGAGAGUGAGUUGAGGAAUUGGGCGGAUUUGAGGGAGCACCAGAGUCGGUUUGCUAGGGGAGGGGGUUUUAUGAAUGAGGUUAUUUAG